AUGUUGGGAGUUCUUGUUUUCUUUUUAGCGGUCUGGAGUGUUGCGCCGUUGGGCUUACCUGAUUACCUCAAAUCAUGUUCAAGAAAUGAUCCAAACUUGAAUGAGUGUGCUCUAAAAUCGGCCCAAGACUCGAUUCGCCAGUUCUCGUUAGGAGACUCUGGAAGAGAUUUACCGUCCUUGGAUCCAUUAUACAUACCCGAAAUGAAGGUGUAUAUCCCUGAUGAGAAGGGCUUAAAAAUAGUAUUCAAAAAUAAUUAUUUCAAAGGACUCUCCAAGCUGCAGCUAAAGGGUUUGAAGUUUGACCUGGAUAAAAAAUUAAUAGUUGCUGACGCUUUGGUUAAUCUCGAUGUAAAAAAUGAAUAUGAGGUCAGCGGAAAAAUUCUACUUUUAGCAAUUCGUUCUAGUGGCGAUGCGUCGAUAAGACUUAAAAAAACUUUACUACACAUUCAGAUAUGGUAUGAACAUGUACUUCAAGAUGAGAAAAUUCACUGGAAUAUAAAAAAACAUGAUGUGAAAUACGAAGUAGAAAAGGCGGUUUUCCGAUUAGAAAAUCUACUUAACGAUAAGAAUAUCGGCGAUCAAAUCAACAAGCUCAUCAAUGAAAUGUGGCGUGAGAUCGUGGCAGAUGUGGGUCCAUCUAUAUGCGAGAGCCUGACAGCCUCCGUCGUUGAUAAUGUGGCGAUACUUCUCAAACAAGUUCCCUAUGACGAACUUAUGCCUCAAUGA